CUGCACUAGUGCGCACGCGCGCCGAGACUUGACAGCCGGAGGUACUGCUGGCCCAGCGGCGGCAGUUAAAGGAUGUGGCGCGAGUCCUGGAGAGAGCAAUUAACUGAGAAGUCUUGAAAAAGGAGAGUGACUGUUGGGUCUGUGGGGGGAAAAAAUGGAGUCCGAAGAGCAAAACGUAGAACAGCCCUUCUGCUUGAGCGUGAAAGGCCUUGUGAAGAUGCUGCGGCUGGCAGUAAAUGUGGCAUCUAUGACCUUUUUCAUCAUCGCACAAGCCCCUGAACCAUACAUCGUUAUCACUGGAUUUGAACUCACCAUUAUUUUCUUUUUCAUAACUUUGUAUCUAUGCAGACUUGACAAAGUGAUGAAAUGGUUGUUUUGGCCUUUGCUUGAUAUUACCAACUCAAUGGUAGCAACGCUAUUCAUGCUUGUUGUGUCUGUGUUGGCACUGAUACCAAAACCUUCAACAAUGACAAUCCUUGGAGGCGUGUUUGGUCUUCUGACAGCAAUAUGUGCUAUUGCUGACUGUGCUUUGGUAUACCGAAAACUUCUUCUUAAUCCAAGUGGACCUUACCGGAAGAGUUCUUCUACUUAUAGCAAAGAUGAAAGUCAAUAAUUUGUAUUCAUUUUUACUAGUUAUUAAACAUAUUUCUUUAUUCUUCCAUA